AUGCCUCUCCACAAUGACACCCGUGGGUGGAUCAUGACCGCGCUGAGCGGUAUAGCAUGCGUGUUUGGGGCUUCUUUCAUUUGCAUCGACAUCAUCGUUCGACUGWUUCCCGGCAAGAAAAACUUCAGAAUACAAGACAGCGACAUAUUUCUCUCGCUAUCAUUGAGUCUGAGCUUUGGCGUCAUGCUGUUCUCCGCACUAUACAGCAUGCUGCCAUCUUCAAAACGAUCCCUCGAAGCUGGCGGCUGGUCCCCAAAGGAAGCAUCUUGGAUCAUGAUUGCGUGUUUUGUUGGCGGAGUCGUUGGGAUUCAAAUCAUCUCUCGCUGGAUGCAUCACUUCGUUCCACACAAUGUUGUGGAGUGUGAACACCAGCACGAGGAUGUAGAGAUGCCCAAAGAACGCGUCAGCGUUCAUGUCGAUCAUCACGAUCACGAUCACGAUCAUAGUCAUCAAUCCCACCACGAACAURAGCACUCCCAGAUGGCUCAACGACAACCAUCUAUAACUUCUCUGACCAGCCCACAUCUAGCGCAUCUGCCGCGCCCACAAAGUAACCAACGAGCUACAUCACUUCGGUCCUUCUUCGCCGUCGAUAACAACGCACCAGACGGUAUUGACUCAGACCAGGGAGGAACUAUGGACCGGGCGUCUUCAAGACCACGAACUCUGCAGACUCGCAUCACGGAUGGCAUCACGCAACUUGCUACAGGGAAGGAUGCCCACUGUCAUGACGGUGGGCCGUGUUAUGGAUUCAGCGAUACGUGUCCCCCUGCCUGCUUCAAGACGAUGAGUACUAGAGCAAGCAAAGCGAGCCUACGAACUCCCACCAACGGCAUCAACCGCCCCGCAGCAACGAAGAGUCUCACAGCUACCGAGUCCACGCCUUUGUUACAUCGCGCUUCCGAAAGUACACUGGGCAGGCCAAAGACACGAGUAGUAACGGAGGAUGGUGCCCAUUGGUUGGACCAAUUUCAAACUGGUCCGUCGAACACAAGCUCGACAGCAAUUGUACACCUACACAGCCACCACGGCACUCGCUCGCACCCACAUCCACACCCUCACAAAGACCACGACGAAGAAUCACCCGAUCAUCACCACCAUCACGUCCCCGAAAAUGCCUUCCUCUCCAUCGGUCUCCAAACUUCAAUAGCAAUCGCCCUCCACAAACUCCCGGAAGGCUUCAUCACGUACGCCACGAACCACGCGAACCCCAAAUUGGGUGUCUCCGUCUUCUUAGCCCUCUUCAUCCACAACAUCACCGAGGGUUUCGCAAUGGCAUUACCCUUGUAUCUCGCCAUUAACAACCGCAUAAAAGCAAUGCUCAUCUCAUUCGUCUUGGGCGGAUUGAGUCAACCUUUGGGUGCAGGCGUGGCGGCUGUCUGGUUCGCAGCCGCCGGCAGGGGCAAAUAUGAGCCCGACGAAACUGUCUAUGGUGCAAUGUUUGCAGUCACGGCGGGAAUCAUGGCUAGCGUUGCACUGCAAUUGUUUCAAGAGAGUCUUGCGCUCGCGCAUUCCAAGGGAUUGUGUUUGGUUGGUGCAUUUGCUGGUAUGACGGUCCUUGGGAUUAGUAGUGCGCUCACUGCUUGA